CAGUUUCGAGUCUUCAUCGUUUCGUAAACAUAGUCCCUCGCCGGCUGCCGUACUGGACUACAAUUCCGCCCCGGACUACAUUCCCCAUGAGUGACGCGCGAGGAGCGCCGCUAAACUCUCUUCAACACACAAACGAGGCUAAUAAUCACAAACAACCGAUUUUGGAGGAAGAUGAGGGUGAAGGAGAUUCUCAGGACGGCGACACAGGCAUGGAGUCCCGCGGCAAAGCAUCCCACGUACCUGGCCUUAGGGACGGCAGCGCAGCAGCUGGACGCGUCCUUCAACACCAGCGCCGCUCUGGAGGUCUUUGAGAUGGAUUUCGCUGAUACAUCCAUGGACAUGAAGCUCAGAGGAACUCUGCCCACUUCCAACAGGUUUCACAGUCUGAUCUGGGUGGCGUUUGAUAUGGACGUGAAGGGCUCGUCGGGGCGGCUCAUCGGCGGCAGUGAGAACGGAACGGUGACCGUCUUCAGCACCGACUCCAUUCUCACCGCGGGAGAGGACGCCGUGAUCGGACAAUCCAACAAACACACAGGCCCUGUGCGCGCGCUCGACUACAACCGCUUCCAGAGCAAUCUCAUCGCCUCCGGAGCCAACGAUUCAGAAAUAUACAUCUGGGACUUGAACAACUUCAGUAAUCCUAUGACGCCGGGCGCAAAGUCACAGCCGGCGGAGGACGUGAGCGUGGUGGCGUGGAACAGUCAGGUGCAGCACAUACUUGCGUCCGCAAACCCCAGCGGGAAAGCCGUGGUCUGGGAUCUGAGGAAGAACGAGCCCAUCAUCAAAAUCAGCGACCACAGCAACAGGAUGCACUGCUCGGGGAUGUUGUGGCAUCCAGAUGUGGCCACUCAGCUGGUUCUGGCGUCAGAGGACGACAGACUUCCGGUCAUACAGAUGUGGGACCUUCGGUUUGCCACCUCACCUCUCAAAGUCCUGGAGAGCCACACCAGAGGGAUUCUGUCCAUCUCGUGGAGUCAAGCCGACCCAGAGCUCCUGCUGAGCAGCGGCAAAGACAACCGGAUCCUGUGCUGGAACCCAAACACCGGAGAGGUGAUUUACGAGCUGCCGACAGCCAAUCAGUGGUGUUUCGAUGUGCAGUGGUGUCCUCGUAACCCCGCCCUCCUGUCGGCCGCAUCGUUUGACGGACGGAUCAGUGUGUACUCUGUGAUGGGAGGACGUCUUCAGCAGCAGCAGCACAGCACAGUGGACCAGAUCUCGGCUUCGUUCGACACCAACGACCCGUUUGGAACCGGUCAGGCUCUUCCUCCUCUGCAGGUUCCUCAGCCCACAGUGGAAACCACCAUCAUCCCUCCUCUAAAAAAGCCGCCCAAGUGGGUACGGAGGCCCGUAGGCGCAUCUUUCGCUUUCGGAGGGAAGCUGGUGACGUUUGAGAGCCCUAAUGUGGCUCCGCAGCAGCCGAUCCCGCGACAGGUGCAUGUGAGUCAGGUGACCACAGAGACGGAGUUCCUCCAGCGCUCGGCGGAGCUGCAGGCCGCUCUUCACUCCGGAUCCUUCACCAGCUACUGCCACGGCAAGAUCAGCAGCGCCCCGUCUGACGCCGAGCAGGACAUCUGGAGGUUCCUCAUGGUGAAUUUUGAAGAUGAAGCGCGGGUGAAGUUUCUGCGGCUGCUGGGCUUCAGUAAAGAUGAGCUGCAGAGGAAGAUCUCGGCGUGUUUGGGGAGGAAGCUUCAUCCGAACGGUUUAGACGUGAAUGAUCUGGCUGAGAAGAUGCAGACGCUCUCUGAUCAGAGAGCAGAUGAGUCGGGCGGCGCUGCAGACGGUUUGUCCGGCGAGUCUCCUGCUGAUUUCUUCAGUCAGCUACCAAAGAAAGAGAAAGAACGAGAGCCCUUCCAGAUCCCCGUAUCCUCAGAUACGGACGGUCUGAUCAGUCAGGCUCUGUUGGUGGGGAACUUCGAGGCUGCGGUGGAUCUGUGCUUGAAUGACGGCCGUUUCGCUGAAGCCAUCCUCCUGUCAAUCAGCGGAGGAGAGGAGCUACUGAAGAAGACCCAGCUACGCUACCUCCACCAACAGACCAACAGCGUCUCCAUGCUGAUCUCGUCAGUGGUGAUGCAGAACUGGCGUGAUAUCGUCCAGAGCUGUGAGCUGGAGAACUGGAAGGAGGCGCUAGCGGCUCUGCUGACCUACGCUAACCCCGAGGAGUUCGCUCCUCUCUGCGAUACUCUGGGUGCUCGUCUGCAGGCUGAAGGCACAGAGAAGCGCUGUCUGCAGGCCUGUCUGUGCUUCAUCUUCGGGAACAUCGAGCGUCUGGUGGAGUGCUGGACGGCGCAGAGAGACUGUUCUUCUCCGCUGGCGCUGGAGGAUCUGGUGGAGAAGGUGAUGAUCCUGCGCAAGUCGAUCGAGCGUCUGCGUAACAGCGAGGUUUGUGUUCAGAGCUCAGUGCUGACGGAGAAGCUCAUCCAGUACUCCAGCGUACUAGCAUCACAGGGCAGCUUGGGUUCAGCGCUCAGCUACCUGCCAGACAGCCCUGACCAGGCUGGUGUUGGGAUGUUGAGAGAGCGACUGACACAUGCAAAGGGUGAGAUCCUGCAGAGACUGCAGCCGUCUGCGCCAGCAGGAGGCGCUAAAGCACCAGAAAACACACACACUCCUGCAGCACACACACAGGGGCCGUACGGAUCCGCAGCUCCUCCUCCGAUGCCCCAGCUCGCGCAGCAGAUGAUGCCCCGUCUCUUCACUCCUCAGCUGCGGCCCGAUCCUGCUGCUGGAGCUCCACGGCCGAGCCUCAGACCCGUCUACCCACAACACCCUGCCACAGCCCCGGGGUUUGCUCUGUCUCAGCAGUUUGCUCAGUCUGGAUCUCUCGGAGCUCCGAUGGGUUUCAUGUGUGGCCCGUCGAUGCCCUCCUCUAGCCUGUCGGGGCCCUCAGUGCCGCCCUCCUCUCCCCCGGGCCCCAUGAUGCCCACUCCGCCAGCCCCAGGCUUCAUCUCGCCCACGUCUCUGCCGGGCGGCCCGGUGCCCUUGUUUCCAGCCGCUCCUCACACACAGGCUCCCGGCGGGGCCUAUCCUGCUCUCGGAGCCGGGUAUCCUCAGGGUGGCCCCGGAGCCCCAGCGGCCAAGAGCUUCAGUGGGGCCGGAGUCCCGGCACCUCCGACAGGAUAUUUCCCAUGGCUGAUGUGCCACACAGAAGAAGGUGACAGGGAGAGAGUUCAGGACGGGUGGAACGACCCUCCAGCUGUACGCACAGGACAACGCAAGAAAAAGCUGCCAGAGAACUACACUCCCCCUGCUCCAAUCACAGCGCCGGUGAUGGGUGACCGGGUCCAGGUGCCGCCCGGAGCUCCGCAGGAGCCCAACAUACAGUCCUUACAGCAGCUUCCUGCCGAGCAUGUGGAGCAGAAGGAAAUCCCCGCCGAACACAUGAUCGUCAAGACCACCUUCAGCAGCCUGGUGCAGCGCUGUCAGCUGGCCGCCGCGGACCCGCAAACAAAGCGCAAACUGGACGAUGCCUCCAAACGUCUGGAGAGUCUGUACGACAAGCUGCGAGACCAAGCGCUCUCUCCCAGCAUCCUCGGCGGCCUGCACGAGAUCAGCCACUGCGUCAACGCCCGCAACUAUCAGCAGGGUCUGGAGGUUCACACGCAGGUGGUGAGCAGCAGCAACUUCAGCGAGAUCUCUGCCUUUAUGCCCGUCCUCAAAAUGCUCAUGACCAUCGCCAACAAGCUGGCCGUGUGACUCCAGCGCUUGACGGCAAACACGGCAGAUCCGGUUGUGUUUUGAUCUGUCGCUGAACUGUGCUUUAAGAAUGAAUGCAGCGUUAAUAUCCCGCCGAUCCUUCCAUGCAGCAGGCCUUAUUCAUCCCACAACAAGCAGAACGACUUUCUGUGCAGAAUUGUUCAUAAAACCAUUAUUGCAUAAAUUGCAAUGAAUUAAAUGCAAUGGAUUGUCUAAAACAGGCCUUAAAACAAGCAGAACUCAUUUGUGCAAAAUGUUGCAUUUAAUUCAGUGUGAAAAUGUGGGAACCUUAUCAUGAAAUGCAAGCAGAAUGACAUUGUUGCAUAAAUUGCAUUGAAUUAAAUGUGGUUUGCCUAAAAAUAGGCCUUGAAGCAAGCAAAACCUGUUUGUAUAAGUGAUUGCUUUCAAAGUAAGAACGGGCCUUUUUAAUUGUGCAUAAUUGUGCAUUUAAAAAAAACAUUAUUUCAUAAAUUGUGUUGAACUGAAUGCAACCGUUUGUCUAAGAAUAAAAAAUAAAAAAAUUAUUUCUUAAAUAAUUCUUGCAUAGAUUGCUGCAUUCAGUUCAGUGUGAGAAUCUACACAAGCAGAAUUACUUUCUGUGCAUGAUUGUUCAUAUAGGAAUUAAUGCAUCAAUUGUGUUGAAUUGAAUGCAACAGUUUGUCAAACACAACCAAAUGGUGUACAUUAUUGCAUUCAGUUCAAUGUAAGAAUGCAAUGCGUAAGAGUUAUUUCAUAAACUGCACUGCAUUGAAUGCAACAAUUUGCCUAAAAAUGCCUUAAAACAAGAACAACCUAUUUGUGCAAAUCAUUUGGAAUAUAAUUCUUAUGUAAAUUAACUCAAUUUGAGAAUCUACACUUGCAGAACGACUUUCUGUGCAUAAUUGUUCAUAAAAAAAAAAUUAUUGCAUAAAUUGCAUUGAAUUGAAUGCCAUAUUUUGCCUAUAAAUGGCCCUUAAAACAAGCAGAACCAAUUUGUGUAAAUCGUAUGUAAAAUCAUUUUUGUGUAAAUUGUUGCGUUCAGUUCAAUGUAAGAAUGUGAUUUUGUCGUGUAUUAUUUCCACACAGAUUCGUUCUGAAUGCAUUUCAUGAAUGAGGUCCAGUUUUAAUAUUACGAGAGCAGAAAGUCGUGAUGCUGUCUGUAGUUUAUUCGUCGUGAUGAUUGUUAGUGGACGAGGUUCAUUACUGACUGACUGUUGAAUUCCAUGUUUUUGAUUGGAUUUGGUUUGUGUGAAGGCUUGUUUUCUAUUGCACUCGCUCCUAGAGAACCGCGUUGCUGUUUCUCCUCCAGACACUCCUGUAGAAAAGCCAGAGCUUCAUUAGAUGUUCCUCAAACCAUUGCAACAAAGAUGAAUGGCACUGAAUCUGUAAGACUUUGGGCUGAAGUGAGUGAGAAUCUCAUAAAAUCUGUCAAGAAAGUGUCCAUGUGUUAUUUCACCCCAAAAAUCAGUGAAUACACUCUCAGAAAUAAAGGUACAGAAGCUGUCACUGGGGCGGUACCUUUUCAAAAGGUACAUGUUUGUACCUAAAGGGUCCAUUUUGGUACCUUAAAGGUACAUAUUAGUACUUAAAGUGUACAUAUUUGAACCUAAUAGGCACAAAAAUGUACCUUUUGAAAAGGUACCGCCCCAGUGACAGCUUCUGUGCCUUUAUUUCUGAGCGUGUAAAAGAAAAGGAUUUAUUUUAUUUUUUCUUUGAAAUGUCAAACUCUGUUGAAUUGUCAUUAAAUAUUAAUGGUCCUAAAAAUAUUCUUAUUUAUUUAAAAUGUAAUUUCACCUAGACGUAUCUCGACAGGUUUUGUGAGAUUCUUCUGUCUUCAGUACUUCAACAGAGCAAAGAAACUGAAUGUAACUGAACAGUUAACCUGAUGACACAGUUUCAUCUUUUUUACGUGUUUAUGUUCUGGUAAUGAAUAUGUCCCCAUCACGGUCGUGCCGUUCUGUGUCCAGUUCAUUCUGAAGUUCGUGAGUCAAACUCUUACAUGCUUGAAAACACUUGAAAUAAAAUAUACACAACUUUCAUAAAUGC